AUGGGAAAAUUGUUAAUGCAAUGCAAGCUCAUUGUUUGGGAUGAGUGCACAAUGGCACAUAAGAAAUCACUUGAAGCACUUAACUUCACACUGAAGGAUCUUCGGAGAAAUAACAACAUCUUUGGCGGCUUGAUGAUAUUGUUGGCAGGCGAUUUCAGGCAGACGUUGCCAGUAGUUCCCCGUGGAACGCCUGCAGAUGAAUUGAAUGCUUGCCUAAAGGCAUCACCUUUAUGGAAUAACGUAAAAACAUUAUCGCUAACCACUAAUAUGAGAGUUCAACUUCAAAAUGAUCAAAGUGCUGCACAAUUUUCCAAACAAUUGUUAGAUCUUGGAAAUGGAAAAGUCCCAGUUGAUGCGACAUCUGGAUUAAUUACUCUUACCAACGACUUUUGCCGAUUCGUAGACACUCAAUUAGUUCUUAUUGAAAAUGUUUUCCCAAACAUUAGUGAGAAUUAUAAGAAUUAUGCUUGGUUACGUCAACGAGCAAUUCUUGCAGCAAAGAAUAAUGAUGUCCACGCACUGAAUUUCACCAUUCAAUCAAAAAUUGCUGGCGAUUUGGUGACAUACAAAUCCGUUGAUUCAAUAACAAAUCCGAUGAUGUAG